GAGAGAGAGAGACAGAGAGAGGACAGGAGAGUCCGCGGAGGAGAAGAGGAGGACAGAUCGGAGGCAGAAGGCAGAGGCGCUCCAUGCAGCCAGAAGGAUGCUGCCGAUCUCACGCGCGGACCAUCUCUGACUCCCGGACCGAGACGUUUACCUGGGCCUCUCACCUGACCAAAGUGACCGCCCCCCGCCCCCCCCCCCCCCCCCCCCAACCAGUCAAGGAGCCUCUCUUCUCCCGUCCGGACCGGCCGCCGUCGUCAUGCCACCGGCCGCGCGCUCGCUCGGGCGCCGGCUCCGCGACACCAUGCGCGCGGCGCUGUGGAUCGCGCUGCUGUGGAGCGGCGGCGUCUCGGCAGGAGAUAAAGACGUCCGCCCAGCCGCCCCCUUUACCCCGCACCCGGCGGUGACACAAGGGACCACGAAGGAAAGCGGUCCCAGAGGCAAAAGCGCCGGCGCCGUGGCCGGAGGUCUGCCGCAUUCACUGCUCGUUCAAAGAGGGCGGCUUGUCUCCCAGAAAGGGGCGAUCCCCGCCUCCGCUCUGCCCCAGAGCCAGCUCCCUCUCCUGGGCAGAGGACUCAGCGCCAGCUCCCUCCCGGGAGGUCAUUCCCUGGAGCACGGGAGCGGGGGAUCCCUGGGGGGGGUCAAACCCCCAGCAUCCGCUGCGGUGCCAGGCCGAGGCAGCGAUCCAACCCGGCCUCCUCCGGCAGACACGCGCUCCCCGCCGCCCCACACGCAGACGCACACCCCUGGGCAGGAGGAAGAGAUGAGCCCUGUGGCCACGACGCUGGACGUGGACAGCGGGGACGUGGACCCCGAGGCAGGGCCACCUUCAUCAGCGGCGCAGAGCUGCAUGGUGAAUUUGUCCGACCCGGAGGGAUACAUCGACUCCUUGGAUGACCCCCCGCUGCCGGACGGCACCUCCUUACACUGCACCUACACAGUGACCGUGUACACCGGCUACGGCGUGGAGCUGCAGGUGAAGAGUGUGAACCUGUCCGAGGGCGAGCAGCUCUCCAUCAGGGGCGCGGACGAACGGGGGGCCCUGCUGGUCCUGGCCAACCACACGCUGCUGGUCGAAGGUCAGGUGAUCCGCAGUCCCACCAACACCCUGUCGGUCUACUACCGCUCUGCGCCGGAGGGAAGCACGGGCAACUUCCAGCUGCACUAUCAGAUCUUCAGGCUGAGCUGUUCCCUGCCGAAGAAGCCUCAUUUCGGGGAGGUGUCAGUGCUGGACUUGCUCCCUGGAGGAACUGCCCGCUUUCACUGCCACAUGGGGUACCACCUACAGGGGGCGGCGCUGCUCACCUGCCUCAAUGCCUCCCUGCCCGUGUGGAGCGGCAAGGAGCCCAGCUGCAGGGCUCUUUGUGGAGGGACGGUGAAGAAUGCUACAGUGGGGAGGGUACUGUCCCCCUCUCCCCACCAUGGGCCUAACGCCACCCAGGACUGCUCCUGCUCCUGGUCCCUGGAGGCCCCCAGGGGCCAGAGGCUGCACCUGCAUCUGGAGAGGCUGGCCUUGGGCCCCACUGACAGGCUGGUGCUGUGGAGCGGGCUGGACGCCGGCUCCGUCGUGCUGUUCGACUCGGGGCGCGGCGGGCAGAUACCUUUCGAGGGGGUGAUCAGCGAGGGUCCAGCUGUGAGGAUCCAGUUCAUCACCGAUCAGCCCAACCACGACACGGGAUUCAACAUUCGCUAUGAAGCGUUCGAGCGUGGCCACUGCUACGAGCCGUACCUCCAGAACGGAAACUUCACCACUUCGGACCCGUUAUACGGGGUCGGAGCUGUGGUCCAGUUCGCGUGUGACCCGGGCCACUCGCUGGAACAAGGGCCCCCUGUCAUUGAGUGCAUCAGUGCGAGGGAUCCGUACUGGAAUGACACAGAGCCGCUGUGCAAAGCACAGUGUGGGGGAGACCUGACCGGACCAGGGGGCGUGAUCCUGUCCCCAAACUGGCCAGAGUGGUACGGAGAGGGGGAGGACUGCAGCUGGAGGAUACAUGUCGGGGAGGACAAACGAGUGCUGCUUGAUGUGCAACUACUGAACAUCAGCGACAGCGACAUGUUGACCAUCACCGACGGCGACGAGGUGACAACGCGCAUCCUGGGGCGGUACAUCGGAGGAACCAGCCCCUUUAAACUCUCCUCCACCACCCCCGACCUCACUGUGACCUUCCACUCGGACCCGGCGGGGCUCGUCUUUGGCAAGGGCGAAGGCUUCAUCAUCAACUACAUGGAGGUGUCCCGGAACGACUCGUGUCCAGAUCUGCCUGAGAUCCAGAAUGGCUGGAAGACGACGUCCCAUGUGGCGCUGGUGCGGGGGGCUCACAUCACCUACCAGUGUGACCCCGGUUAUGACCUGGUUGGACGGGAGACCCUCACCUGUCAGCUAGACCUCUCCUGGAGCUCACAGCCCCCGUUCUGUGAAAAGAUCAUGUACUGCUCAGAUCCUGGCCACGUGGAGCACUCCACCAGGUCCCUGUCCGAUCCUAAACUCCUGGUGGGAACAACCAUUCAGUACAGCUGCAACCCCGGCUUCAUCCUACAGGGCGGCGCCACUCUCACCUGCUACGGCCGCGAGCCAGGGACCCCGGUGUGGACGUCUCGACUACCCCAUUGUGUCUCCGAGGAUUCCGUUUCCUGUGAAAACCCCGGUCUCCCUGACAACGGCUACCAGAUCCUGUCCAAGAGGCUCUACCUGCCCGGCGAGUCCCUCACCUUUGUCUGUUACCAAGGUUACGAGCUCAUUGGAGAGGUUGCCAUCAAAUGCAUCCUGGGGAACCCGUCGUUCUGGAGCGGCCCGCUUCCACUCUGCAGGGCCGACCAUGACUGCUUUGGCAACCAUGCUUUGGAAGUUGCCGAGGCGACUGCAGGCUCCACUCUGGAUGGGGGGAACAUCGCGCUGGCCAUCUUCAUCCUCGUCCUUCUGCUGUCUGUGCUGCUGGGAGGGGCCUAUGUCUAUGUCACGCGGUGCAGAUAUCACUCCAACCUAAGGCUGCCUCUCAUCUACCCCCACCCUUACCGACAGAUUACAGUGGAGACAGAAUUCGAUAACCCGCUCUAUGAGACAGGAGGGCAGGACACUCGUGAAUAUGAAGUAUCAAUAUGAGAAGCCUCGCAAAAGACAUUUCUGAACCAAGACCGACCACCUCGUCCUAGCUCUUCAUCCUCUUCUCCCUCCUUCUCCGCCCAGGGGGAGACGAUGUAAAUACAAAUAGAUGAUGUCCGGCCCCUUCUGCCAUGAGACGCUGUGGUUGACCCUGUUCUCUCUUCCUUUGAUGCAACAUUGUGUGAUGACAUGGUGGGAAAUGUGAGGGGGAAAGAGGAGCGGGAGAGGAGUUAAACAGGUUACUGGCGAAACUUGUGCACGUCAGUGUCACCGGGAGAUGAUGGGAGAUGUAGGACGGAAAGGAGAAGACCCGGAGAUCAUCUAGGAACAUCAAGCGUGGUGAGGAAAGAGGAGGUGGUGGGUCUGAGAUGUGACGGAAAAGGAGUUAGGGAGAGGAGAAGGGGAAGGAGUCAGGGACAGGACACAGUCUAUGUGGAAUGAGGGGAUUAAAGCACUUUUUUUUUGUAUUUUUGUCAAACAUGUAUCACUUGUAAGCUAUUUAGAGGAAAGAAUCCUAGAAUAUGUCUUACAAAGAGAGUUAAAUUAAUAAUUCUUAAGGAUUCAAUUAGAUCAGACCCCAUUUUUAUACCAUUUAAUUGGUCUUGUUUCCAUCCAAAUGUAUUAUAGUAUAGUAGGAGUUGGGUCAUUGAGACAAACUGAUGGAGCUGAUUCUCCAGUUAGCGCCAUUUAAGAGGACAAAGUAAGAUGAGGUUAUUUAAAAAGGUAUGCAGUAUACAAAAAUGAAAGUAUGCAUAACAACUGGUGGAUGGAAACACACUUGAUGAAAUCAUCACCCACUGUUUACUGGUCACUCCCCUACAGUUAAAUCAGAGCUGGAUCAAUUAUGGAAUGAUAAACAGCAUUGAACGGGUCAUUGAACGGGUGACUUUUAUUGUGAAGCAGCCGCAAAAAAAAAAGCAGAGUUACUGUCUUCGAGGUUAGCGCAGACUGUGAUUGUUCAACAAAUGGUCAUUUUCAGUCAUUUGGGCUGUGACCAAAUGUCAGUGAGUGAGUGAGCCAUUGACAGAGUUAUGCCACUGGUCGACCGGCCAGGACUGGCAGCGCGAUGAGUCUUGGGGAUAGAUUGACAGGAAGAAUGGAUAAGGGGAAUUAAAAGGUUGUUUUUUUUAACAUUCACUCAUGAGUCACCCUUUCUUGCCAGUACAAAACGAUAAUAACAGGAAGGAAAUGAUGACGAGUGGCUGCCUUUUCGUUCCCCUCCUAAUCAGUCCGACACGUGACGUCUGUCUCCUGUCCCUGACGCCCCUCCCGCCUGUGGUCACCUUCAAGGCUUUUCAGUCCAGCCGCGCCACUUCUGGCUUUCGCUGUAGUUAAUUGGUGUUUUAAAUCUAUGACUUCAGGGGGCCAGUACAGCGCUGAUGUCUCAUUUCCCUCACGUAUUGUUAGACUGACGGCCUCAGAGUCAGCGGGCCGGCUGAUGGUUACACAAGGGGGAAAAGAAAAAGAAAAAAGACAAAAAAACAUGCAUUGUUGCAGAUGUGCAUGGAGGUUGACGUGUGAAUAGCAUAGCUGUAGUCAACUGACCGACCUUUCGAGUGCAAGCUCAAUCAACCCACCAGAUGAUGUAUUUAUUUUGAUGUACUGUAUAUGUGGUGUUUUAUGCAGAUUGAUAAAUGUGCAUUUUCAUUAUGAGAAGACAAAUGUUGACAGUUUCCCUAAAUAAAUGGUAAAAUGAAAUAAAAAGUACAAAAGAUUCUUCCUAAA